AUGGCAACCAUCGGUGCUCUUCAGACGUCGGUCGGAGAAUGUGCGACAACGGUUCAUGCCUCUUGUACGGCCCUCAGCAAACAGGUCGAGCAGAAACUCAGUAACGUUGAGAAGCGGCAACGCAGCAUGGAGCAGAAGAUGCAGGCGUUGCAGGAGAAAGUUGGAAGAUUGGAAGCUAUUCUGGGUAUCAUGCAAAACGAAGUGCCGCCAACACCCACGGAGGAUAAUACAUCAUUCGACCACAAGGUGGACCCCUGUGCGCUCAUCUGUCGGUCUAAGAAUAUCAUCCGCCGCGACGAGUUGGUCAAGAGCGUUGUCGGCCCUAUUCUGGAGAAGAACAACAUGCAGCUCUCAGAGAUCGUCAUCGAGAGUGACCCCGCAGCGAAGCGCUUCGUGGUACGUGUAUCUGGCAGUGCACCAUAUGCGAGUAGAAAGAUCAAUCAGAUUCUCAGCAGUUUCAAGAUCGCAGUAGCUCAGUGGGAGAGAUUCUGUGCCAAUGAUGUCAACGGCACGCGGGCACAAGUGCACAUCUCGACGGACAAGUCCCCGAGCCAGGUACAGCGUGAUAUUCUCACGAAGAAGAUCAAGACGACGUUGGUCAACCUCUACCCAGACCAUCACUAUCAUAUUAAUAAGCACUUGGGGGAAGUAUCCACGCAGUGGAAACCAUUGGUGCGAGUUACUCCGAGGGCAGGUGUUGGAUCCAAGCCCAUCUUCGAGUUCGCUGAGGCCAACCUCGCGUUCUUUGGGAUCGAUCGCGAGACAGUCAGUGAGAAGCUGGAGAACCUCACCCCGACUCCAGCCUUAUUCCACCACAAAAUUCGAGUUCGGACGAAGAAGUUCAGGUACCUCAAAAAGCUCCUGGGCAAGGGAAUGAUUCUAGGUCUCCAGGAGACUCACGGGACCCUCGCUGAGCUCAGGGAUUUCUUCUUCCACCUCCACAUGCCCGUCGAGGCGUUUGCGUCGUUCCUAGAGCACGGCGAGAAUGCUGCUGGUGGC